AUGUUCCUCGUCCUGCUGGUAUUGAGCCUGAGAUUGUAUCUGCAUCUUUCCUUUUCAGCUUUAUUCACAGUGACGGCCCCUAAGGAACGGUACACAGUAGACGGUGGCAGCAAUCUGACCCUGGGGUGUGAUUUUGACACUAUAGGUCAAGUGGAACUUGAAUCAAUAAAAGGUAGUUUGGAAAAGGUGGAGAGUGUUACAUCCUCUUGCAGCGAAAGAGCCGCUCUGCUGCAAAAGCAGCUGGCUCCUGGGGAAGGCUUAUCCCACCAUUCCGGAGUGCAAGUGAGAGAUGCAGGGCGACCAAGGGUUAUCACUAAUCUCAUGGCUUGGAGGUACCACUGCCCAGUCAUCCGUGGGGCCACCUGGGACCGCAGGUACCUGACUAUGAAAAUUAAGAGUUCCUACAAGAAAGUAGACCCUGGCAUACUAAAGGUUCCUGGAAGAACAGAUGAAUUGGAGCUCACUUGUCAGGACAAAGAUUAGCCCUUGGCAGAAAUAUCCUGGCCAAACGUCAGUGUUCCUGCCAGCACCCACCCUACCAGGACACCCAAAGACCUCUACUGGAUCACCAGUGUGCUGCACUCGAAGCAACCUGGCAGAAACUUUGCAGUGUGUUUGUAAUGCUGAUGAGAAGGAACUUAUUUCAACCACCCUUGACCCUUAAGAUAAGUGUGGCCCCCACCUCCUAGUUCAAAGUGAUUUGAGGAAAGUGUAAUAAACUAUCUACAAAGGUUU